AUGCCGCAGCCACGUGUCCCGCUAGCGGACUCAUCUCGCUUCAGGCUCGUGCCGCCAUUCGUGGUCGGCAUUGCCGUCGGAGCUUGCAUGAUUUUGCUCCAGCAGUCGCUUUCCUCCCGUCUAGCCGGCACAACCGCCGGCGACUGGCAGAAUGAUCACCCGCAGCCGACAUACCGCCGCUAUCCCUCAUUUUCUUCCGAAAAAAGCGGCGAGAAUCUCGCCGGACAAGAUGGCGGCGGUGGUGAGACUCACGGCUCACCCUCCGCAUCAGACGCCGCGAAUGACGGCGUCAGAACCGGAGAGAGCAGCAGCGCGUACAAUACGAGCGCGGGGAUCGUGGCGGGGAAAGUGAACGUGCAUCUGGUGCCGCACUCGCACGACGACCUGGGAUGGCUCAACACGGUUGAACAGUACUAUAUCACGGCCGUCCAGUUCAUCCUAGAGACCGUGGUGGAUCAGCUGGAGGCCAAUCCCGACCGUCGAUUCAUCCAAGUGGAGCAGGGUUUCUUCUACCGCUGGUGGCAGCAGCAGUCGGAGGGUAUGCGGCAGCGCGUGCGUGAUCUCGUGCACUCAGGGCAGCUGGAGUUCAUCAACGGCGGGUGGGUGAUGCAUGACGAGGCGGUGUGUCACUACAGGGACGUGCUGCACCACAUGUCGCUGGGCCACCGCUUCCUGCGCCGCCACUUCAACGCCACACCAAGCAUCGCCUGGCAGAUCGACCCCUUCGGCCACUCCGCUACUCAAGCCAGCCUCAUCACGGCUCAGGGCGGGCUGCACGCGGUGUUCUUCGCACGGGCGGACUAUAAGGACAUAGCGCGGCGCAAGGGGGAGAGGAGCACCGAGUUUGUGUGGAGUGCCUCAAAGACUUUUGGCCGCCAGGCUGAGGUGUUUGCGGGAAUUCUCUACUGGGACGGCUACUAUGCUCCGGAGCCGUUCCGCUUCGAACCAUACGACCCACUCACCAACCUCGUCAAGGACAACCCAUACGAGGCCGACGCCAACAUAGUGCAGCUGGUAGAGACGUUUGUGAACCGGUCGCUGACUCAGGCAGGUGACACGCGCAGCGAGCAUGUGAUGUGGGCCAUGGGGGAGGACUUCUCGCACUCCAAUGCUGCUCUGUGGUUCAAGAACCUGGACAAGUUGAUUCACUACGUGAACCUGACCAACUCCAAUGCUGCCCUGUGGUUUGAGAACAUGGACAAACUCGUUCACUACGUCAACCUGGCCUAUGCCAAUGCUGCCCUGUGGUUCAAGAGCAUGGACAAGCUCGUUCACUAUGUCAACCUGGCAGCCACUCUACUUGAAGCAUCAGUGGGCCAGGGAAACCUGCAAGCAUGGGGCAACCAAACCUCACGUCUCGUGGUGCCCGUGCUGCUCUCCUCCAACCUCACCACCAUCCACGCCCCAGCGCCCCCGCCGUUCCGCCUCGCGUCUACUUUUCCUCUGGAGGAGGCAGUGGCAGUGGCACAGCACCAUGACGCCAUCACGGGCACGGCAAAGCAGCAUGUGAAUGACGACUACACGCUGCAGCUCUAUAAGGGCGCCCAGGAGCACCAUGAUGCCAUCACAGGCACGGCAAAGCAGCACGUGAAUGAUGACUACACGCUGCAGCUCUAUAAGGGAGCACAGGAGGGACCAUCUGGAACUGAUGGGGCAGUGCCAGUGGCAGUGGCACAGCAGUUUGACGCCAUCACGGGCACGGCACGGCAGCACGUGACCAAUGGCUACACGCUGCAGCUGUAUAUGGGAGCACAGGAGGCAUCUGUAUUACUGGCCUCGUCCCUCACGCACCUCAUCACUUGGGGAGCUCUGGACCUCAAACUCCCCGCUGCCGCCACUCCCGCUGCUCCUGCUGCUCGCUCCACAGGCCAACCUGCUGCUCCUGUGCCUUUGGAAGGCACCGAAGCGCUCUAUAACGAGACAGGGAAAACGGGCAGUGCAGGCAGGGACGAUGUGCUGAGGCUUGGCCUCGACUUCCAGCUGUGCCCGUUGCUCAACAUCUCCUACUGCCCACCCACACACAGCCCCAUUCCUCCUGGCACCACGCUGGUCAUUGCUGCAUACAACCCACUCGGUUGGGCUCGAGACGAGAUCAUCCGCAUUCCUGUAUCGUCCCCUUCAGUCAUUGUGACUGAUGACCGUGGUAACGUGGUUCCCUCACAGGCCAUUCCCGAGGUCCUGGUGCCAUGGGAAACCCGAAAGAGGUACAUCAGCGUGCAGAUGGGUGAGGAGGCUGUGAAGGGGGGCGAAGAGGGGUUGUGGGGGGUUGAGGAGAAGGUGGAAGGUAGUGAGGAGGGGGUGAGAGGAGGCAAGGAGAAGCGAGGGAGGGAGGUAGGGGAGGUGCAACAGCAGCAGCAGCACCAGCAGCAGGAGGAGGAGCGGGAGGAGCAGCCGCAGCAGAAGAAGAAGCAGCAGCAGAAGCAGCAACAGCAGAAGCCACAGAAGCAGCAACAGAAGAAGCCGCGGCAGCAGCAGCAGCAGCAGCAGGCGAGGUGGUCCCCCCCUAACACCCCCGGCACUGCAGCCAAGAGCACGGAGUGGCACGCUCGUGUGCAGCCGGGAACAGGGGCCGGGGAGUGGGGAAAAGGGGAGGAGGAGGCGGGUGGCGGGGAGGAGGAGGGAGGAGAGAGGGGAGAGGGUAAGGAGGAGAGUGAAGGAGGGGAGGAGGGGGAGGGGGUGGAGAGAGGGAGUGUGGUGGUGGAGGAGAAGGGUGAAGGGGUUAGUGGUGGAGAUGUGAUUGUGCUGGGAGGGUGGAAUGGCGAGGUUGCUAGUGGUCCCAGUGGUGCUGCUGCUGAUGGUGCUGCUGCUGCUGGUGAUGGGAAGGGUGGUGAUAGCACUUUCUCUACUCCACAGACGGCAGCACUGCGGGUGCUCUUCUCCAAGGCAGGAUACGGAAUGACUCGCCUGCAACUGCUUGGCUGCAGCCAGGAGGGAAACGAAACAGUGCUUUCAGACAAGCAAGUGGGCACAGGCAUGGGUGUCUACGUUUCAAAAACUGUGCGUACAUGGGUGCCUGCCUACACCUACAUAUUACUGUGCUCACCUGCUCUCCUCCUUCUCACCUCACCUCCCUCUGCUGUUCCACUGUACCACUCUAAACUCCUUGCAGUAUCCCUUUUCCUCCGUAUUUUCUUCUUUUAUUUAUUUUCCAUUCAUGUCAAUCUGAUCCCUUCUGUCAAUGCCACUCCAUCACGCGAUUCUCAUCUGAUCCCACACGUUUCUCGUUUCAUGCCAUCACCAUGGCAUGCAGCAGAGUCAUGCAUUGUCAACCCCCUGCCUGCCAUUCCCGUCGCCCAUGCCUCUUGCACAGCAUUGAUGCUGAUGCUCUCUAACUCGCUACUCUUCCCCCACUGA